UCGUUUCUAAAUUUACACUUGACAGUCAUACUUCCGGUGCACUUUCUGUCAAUAUGUGUAUGUUUGUGGAUACAGCGAUAAACAUGUAUCGGCACUUUUGCUGUUGACAAAUUCAUUUGCUCAUAGAAUGGCAUAGACAGGAACAUAAACAGCCGACAGGAUGAGUGGAAAGGUCGGAGACCUCAGUGCUUUGCAAGCCACGGCCCUACAAACAUUCAAAGAAAAUGUCAAAGAUCUCCUAAAGCCUAGUCAUGAUGAUUACUACCUGCUCCGCUGGCUCAGAGCCAGGAAUUUUGACCUUAAGAAGUCAGAAGAAAUGUUAAGAAAUCAUGCUAGCUGGAGGAAAAAAACAGGAGCUGACACGGUCCUAGAAAGUUUUGUGAUACCAGAGGUUGUCAGUAAAUAUCUAACAGGCGGACAUUGUGGAUAUGACAAGCAAGGCAACCCAAUCUGGAUUGACCCUUUUGGACGCAUUGAUAUCAAGGGCAUCCUGCGCUCUGUAAAGAAAUCUGAUGUAAUUAAGACACAGGUUCAUCGUCUGGAAAGACUGCAAGUGGAACAGAUCCAACAGACCGAAAAUUUUGGACACAAGGUGGAGGAGGUGAUCGUGAUCUACGACCUUGAAUACCUGGGGAUGAAACAUUUAUGGAAACCUGGGGUGGACAUGUUUUGUGAAAUUAUCGACAUGUUUGAAUGGCACUAUCCGGAAACCCUCAAACUUGUAUUUGUUAUCAACGCCCCAAGAUUCUUCCCCAUAGCCUACAACAUAGUCAAACCAUUCCUAUCUGAAGCCACAGCUAAUAAAGUUAGAAUAUAUGGUACAAGUAAUUUUUCCAGUGCACUCCUACAAUACAUAGACGCGGACCAGUUACCAAAGGCUUAUGGAGGUACGAGAACUGAUCCUCCUGGAGAUCCUCGAUGUAGUGCUCUGGUGUGCCAAGGAGGAGAUGUACCGAAGGAUUUUUACUCCAAAGUCAGCAUUAAUUCAUUAGACAUGGACAAAUACACAGCGGUUACCAUAGGUCGCGGGUCGUCCUUACAAGUUGACCUCAUUGUGACUGAACCUGAUAGUGCAAUCAGGUGGCAGUUCAUAACCGAGGGAUACGACCUUGGGUUUGGAGUUUACAAGCGGACCAAGGACAGUAGGCAGAAGGCCCAUGCCAUGGAGGAGGUGAUUCCGUCUCAGCGCGUCAACAGUCAUAUUUUCCCCGAGGACGGCAGCGUUAUUAUUCAAGACCCUGGCACAUAUGUUGUCAGAUUUGAUAAUACCUACAGUUGGACAAGAAGCAAGAAGAUUUAUUACAUUAUAGAGAUGUUGGAACCUGACACGGAAGAUGAAUUUGAGCUUGCCAAUGAAAGUCCGACGAAGGAUUGUUAACCCCAUGUGAUAAAUUAGGAUCUCCCCUACCCCCCUGAAAAAGAAAAUAGGGAAAGAAUAGUUAGUGUUUGUGCUUUCCCAGAGAGUGUUGCUAAUCUUCUGUGAUGAUGUACAGAAAAAAGUGAAAUCCUACAUCCUGCAAUGUCAGUUCUAACCGUAUUCUUUCUAAAAUAAGUCCCCUCCUGUAGUGUAAACGUAAUACUAAAGUUUGGGGAGGGUUUAUUAGCUCACCUGCCCGAAGGGCAAGUGAGCU